AAUCAGAUUCGGAUGUCCCAGAUGAACGGGAAGUUUACAAUCUUUGUUGACACACGAGCUACACAUUUAGGUACAAUUUCUUAGCGAAAUUGUUGCUUUUUUUGUCUAAACAAAGAAAAGAUGGUUUGCGACAAUUGUGAGAAGAAGCUGGGCAGGGUGAUAACUCCAGACACCUGGAAGGAUGGUGCGAGAAACACUACAGAGAGCGGUGGGCGGAAGCUGAACGAGAACAAGGCUCUGACAUCUAAGAGGGCCAGGUUUGAUCCUUAUGGGAAGCCAGGAAAGUCAGGCUUUGGCAUCUGCAGAAUCUGCAAGAGCUCUGUUCACCAAUCAGGAUCUCACUACUGCCAGGGCUGUGCCUACAAGAAAGGUAUCUGUGCCAUGUGUGGGAAAAAGGUUCUGGACACCAAGAACUACAAGCAGACCUCUGUCUGACAGGCUUCUGACAGGCCACCAGGAGGACCAGAGGGAGAGGGGAGGGGAGGGAGGAGAAGAUAGAGGGGGAGGAAGGUGUGCACGAGGAAUGACGACUUUAUCCUGUUGUUCAGACCCCCUGACUGUCUAAAACACUCAUAGCAGAGUUGCAGUCAAGGGGUUUUUACUCUGUGUGUGUGUGUGUGUGUGUGUGUGUGUGUGUGUGUGUGUGUGUGUGUGUGUGUGUGUGUGUGUGUGUGUGUGUGUGUGUGUGUGUGUGUCAGAUGUGGAGCAGGGUUUCCCUCCCUGUUGUAAAGCUCCUAUAAUUUUCAGCUUUGUAGCAGCAAUACGUGGCCAGCACUGUUCCACACACCAAAUCGGAGGCUACUUUUAGUUUUAAUAGCUGAACUGAUGGUUUCUCUCCUGUUGGGUCAAAUAUGCUCUGAUACAGGAGUUUCCUUUUAUUGAUUCUUUGUGAAUUAUAUCAAGUGUUAUGUUUUUUGAGUGCAUUAAAAUAUUCAAUAUGUAACGACAA